CAAAUUCCCUCCUCUUUGGCGCCACUCUCUCCAAUUUUCUAUUUCGAUUCAAAUUUUCGAAGCCAAACACUCUUAGCUCUCUCUCUCUAGGAUUCUCAGUUUUCCUUGGAAACUCCACAACAAUGGUUGUUGCACAGAAAGUUAAGGAAGCGGAGAUCACCGAGCAGGAUUCACUUCUUCUGACAAGGAACCUGCUCCGUAUUGCCAUAUUCAAUAUUAGUUACAUCAGAGGCCUCUUUCCAGAGAAGUAUUUCAAUGAUAAAUCUGUUCCUGCUUUAGAGAUGAAGAUUAAGAAAUUGAUGCCUAUGGAUGCGGAGUCUCGUAGACUGAUUGAUUGGAUGGAAAAAGGUGUCUACGAUGCAUUGCAGAAAAAAUACUUGAAGACACUUUUAUUCUGUGUGUGUGAGAAAAUAGAAGGCCCAAUGAUUGAGGAGUAUUCAUUUUCCUUCGGCUAUUCUAGUUCUGAUAGUCAAGAGGUUUCAAUGAAUAUCAGUCGCACUGGAAACAAGAAACAGGGAGGCACAUUCAAGUGUAACUCCACAACAGAAAUUACUCCCAACCAGAUGAGGAGUUCUGCAUGUAAAAUGAUCCGUACAUUGGUUCAAUUGAUGAGGACUCUGGAUAGGAUGCCUGAAGAGCGCACUAUACUGAUGAAACUCCUCUACUAUGAUGAUGUGACGCCAGCAGAUUAUGAGCCUCCAUUCUUCAGAGGCUGUACAGAAGAGGAAGCCCAUAACCCAUGGACUAAAAGCCCUCUCAAAAUGGAGGUUGGGAAUGUUAACAGCAAGCAUUUUGUACUUAGUCUCAAGGUAAAGAGUGUGCUUGAUCCUUGUGAGGAUGAAAAUGAUGAUAUGGAAGAAAAUGAAGCUAGCCUAGGAGCUGAUUCACUACAGAAGGAUGAUUCUUCUGAAUCUGACAGUGAGAUUAACCAAUCACAAGAAGAUCGAUAUAUAGUCGCACCAGUGGAUAAGGAACGACCAGAGGAAGGCAAUAGCAUGGUUUGUGAAGAUGAUACUCAGGAUCCAGAGGAGGAUGAACAACAGUUGAAUCGGGUGAAGGACUGGAUCACUGGUCAUCACCUUGACACUGUUGGACUUAAUGAUGUUCUCUCCAAUUUCCCUGAUAUCUCAGUGGCUUUGACUGAAGAAAUUAUGGACAAGCUUGUCAAAGAGGGGGUCUUAUCAAAAACUGCGGCAGAUACUUACACCAAAAACAAGCAAAAGAAAUCGAACUUUGAGUUCACCUUGGUGAAAGAGGAAUUGGAUGGCCAAGUAAUCCCAAACAGUAACAAAGCUCUGCAGGUCGAUGAUCACAUGUACAUGAAGGCUUUAUACCAUGCUCUUCCAAUGAAUUAUGUAACAGUUACAAAGCUUCAGAGCAUGCUAGAUGGAGAGGCAAAUCAGACCACUGUGCGCAAACUAAUUGAUAAAAUGACCCGAGAAGGUUACCUAGAAGCCAAAGGCAACCGCAGGCUAGGCAAGCGUGUUAUACAUUCAAUUCAUACUGAGAAAAAGCUUAUGGAAGUGAAGAAAGUCUUGAACAAUGAUGCUAUGGACGUUGAUAAUAACGAACAAAAUAUCAAGUCCAACCAUUUAGAAUUCCAAAAAAUAGGGAAUGACUAUCGGGAUGCCUCAACAUGUGGUGUCCUUCACUCAAUUGGAUCAGAUCUUACACGCAUGAGGGUAAGAUCUGACAUUAAUCAUAAUGGAUCCAUCAGGAGUGAGCAGACUAUCUCAAGGACAAAGGAAAACGGCAACACUCCCACAAGCAGAGCUGAGCCAGUUAUGUCAAGAGAAAGUUACGCUCGAGGAAAUGAGAAUGGCAGAGCAAAUGGGAACUCUAAUUAUUGUGAUGAGGCAGAUGCAGUUAUCUGCAGCAUAUCCACCCAAGAAAAAAGGACCAGGAAAACAAGCUCUGUUAAGGAGCCUAUUAUUCAAUACAUGAAACGGCAGAGAUCUCAAGCCUUUUGAAAGACUUUUGUGGAGUCCAAUAUCCUCCAAAUUCCUUUCGUUUUAAUUAGAAGGUAACCAUGUCAUUUGCCGUUUAGAUAUACACGCCCUAGAAAUGCUGACAGGAUAAUGGAUAGCGAUUUUCGUGUAUAGAAAAGGAAACUUAAAUCAAAUAGGCCAUUACUGCCUUCCUUUUGUUAUCUACGUACUUGAAUGAUUAUCCAGUCAAUGUUAACCAUGGCUGGUUUUCCUAGGUUAUGCUGUUUGCCAUAGCUUAAUACGUGGGGACAAGGGAUAUAAACUAAAAUUGUUUUCCUUUUCAUUAUUAUAUCAUUCUAGCUCUUAGCACUUUGGUCU